CCUACACUCAACUUGUCGUACUACAUGUUGGAAGUAAUGAUAUUCAACACAAAGGACCAGAGGAAAUUGCGAAAGAAGUGGAAGCCCUGAGUAAAUGUGUUAUGGUGAAUGGUUUAUCAAAAAUUGCGAUCUCAGAUAUAAUAUAUAGAGAUCAUGACAAUUUUAAGCUAAAUGCAAGAAUCGAGAAGGUGAAUUCACUCUUGGCCAAGUUUUGUAAAGCUAAGAAUUGGUCUCUUAUUCCCCAAG